AUGCUUCGAAUUCCAUCGUUGAAUGGAUCGGAUACGAUACUCGAUUUGAACUGCACUCUAAAUGUCAUCCAUACUGCCAAGUUUCUCAGAAAUCAACUUCAUGCUCAAGCUGCUCAGGACAAUAAAUUCGGUGCUGAUAUGUACGCUGUGACGAUAAUCGGAGCAUUCGCUUCCGUCAUUGUUCUCUUGAUGUUCCGAUCGAUUCGACCACAUCAAAGUGUUGAUGAACAGGUAACUCUGAUGAUGUCCACAAUGAAAAUGCGAGUUGAAGUGGACGAAUAUGAGAGGAGGAAAAUAAAAAUGAAAGAAGCAAAAAAGAAGGCACAAGACUGGAUAAACAAUCUGAAGAAUCGAAGUAUGAGAAGUCUAUCGAGAAGUUCGAAGAGGAGUAAAAGUUCGAUGGCAGAGACACCUCCGACCCAUUCAGAUUCAACUAGAUCUUAUAAGAAUGAAAACAGUUUGAAUGUUCCUUUCUCAAUGAGCCAACAAGCAAUUCAGGUGGAAGAUGAAACAAGAUCCGGUGCAAGUUCUACUCGUCAAAGUGUUUGUAGUGCCCCAACUCCUCAUCUUCUUGAAAUCAACCUGCCUGUUCGAUGCAAUUCCCAUCUUGGCUUCUUGCCAGAGAUAGUUGUAACUGAAGAACGCCCGAAACUCUGUCUCCUUCUUCCCCCUCCAACUCGUCGAAGAAAGUCAGUCGCAGUAACCUCAAACAUUCCAAUUCACAAGUCUGUAUCAUGCCAGCAACUAACCAUAUCAAGAAAAUCAUCAAUGUCCAGUGCUCACAGCGUUUCUCCGUCGCUCUCCGAAGAAAUUGUGUUCAAUUUUCCUGACAGCGGGUCCGCCACACCCAAUGAUUCACCCCCAUAUGAUAUCUAG